CACUUCCUGAUUUCACUUUCUGGAAGCUCGCGCUACCCGGAAAUAAACUUUCAUGUAGAGAGUAAACACAAACACAGGUUUCAUACAAAAACGCACACUUACACACACACACACACUCUUAAACACAAACACACACACACGCGCGCGCGCGCGCUUUUCAGCUUCGGUGAAUACAGGAGUAUGAUUUUGGUUCCUCUUCUAGCCCUCAGCAGCUGAAUGAGUCAGUGUGACGAAGAGAGAGCAAGACGAAAGCAGGACACUGACUGUGAAACACAGCGAGGGUGAGAUGGAGGAAGCGUACACGGCUUUGUAUCAGGAGUUCCUCCGUCUGCAGUUACUGUGUCUAAAACAGGCUGAAAUGUUACAACAUCUCACCGAGGCACUGAGGAGACAACAAGGUGCGGCUCCUGUCUUUAACGGGAAUUUUGAAGACCUGUACUCUGAGCCGGUUCAGUGCAGGCGUGAUGGACUGGAGCUGUUCAAUCACGCAGACUACCGAGCACAAGCAGCUCACUUCCACAAACAAGUGGCUCACAUACACACCUCUGCUGCUCACAUACACACCUCUGCUGCUCACACACAGACCUCUGCUGCUCACACACACACCUCUGCUGCUCAAACACACACCUCUGCUGCUCAAACACACACCUCUGCUUUACACCCCACAGGUGUUACAGAUGAUCCUGUGGUUCCUCCUCUUGCUGGAGCUUUGAGCAGACUGCACCUGGAGCCUGUGCAGGAGAAGGAGGAUGUUGAUGGAGCUGCGUCGGCGUCAGGACGGGGUGAGACGGAGCAGAGCAGUAUUCUCGAUGAGUUACGACAAGUGGAGCAGCGCUGGCACACCAGCCAAAGACCUAAACAACAACAACAACAACAACAACCGCGUCUGUGGGCAUCGUCGUUCCUGACCAGUGAGAUGCUGAGCGAGGCCGGCGGGAUGCUGAUGUCCCGUGUCACGCUACACUCGCAGGUGUGUGAGUUCUGCCACGCCGUGUUCCCAGGACACACCACCACCAGGGGAGAGUUCCUCCGCCAUCUCACCACACACAUCUCCUGACACUGACUGAGAAUGAUGCGAGCACGCCCUGCGUUACAGGCCAGACUGUGACCUUUAAACACUGGAUGGUUUGUGAUCAAGAUUUUUCAUGCUGCAUGAGCCAUUUAAAUCAUUUUAUUAAACACAUUAUGUUUAUUAAAAGAACAAAUUUAUCUAAUUAAUCAAAUGUAAAAUGCUAAAUACCAAAAAGCUUAGCUAAUUACCUCAACACUUUGAGUUCUGUGUGUUUAUUUACUUACUAUCAUGUGUAUAAAUAAUAUUAUGCUGUAUUAUACUAAUGUACUGCAUUAAAGCAGCAGCGACACUA